UGCGUAAGCUCGCGGGUCCUUCUGAAGCGCGUGUGUCUCACGGUCAAGUGUCCCGUGUCGUUGUCCCCUCUCGCGUGUCAUCAUGUCCCGCUGCCUCGCGCUGGCUCGGUUCGCUCUCGGUACCAACUCACGACUGACGUUAUGUGCGCGAGGGCUGAGCCGCUGUACUGUCUCGCGCUCCGUCGCUGCAGGCUUGCAGGUUGGACAGCAGCAGAGGUGGAGCAGUCAGCCCAGGGUAUGGAGCUCCCAGCGGCCCUGCCUCGGCUUCAGUCAGCAGUCGUACUACAGCACCCAGGAGGCCGAGAAAGAGCCUGAAGAGGAGCCUCUGCACACCAUCAUCAGUGACACGGAGUCUGUACAAGGCAGCUUCUCCAAACAUGAAUUUCAGGCUGAGACGAAAAAACUGCUGGACAUUGUUGCCAGGUCCUUGUACUCGGAGAAAGAGGUGUUCAUCAGGGAGCUGAUCUCCAACGGCAGCGACGCUCUGGAAAAACUGCGCCACAGUCUGAUCACGGCAGGUGGGGCGACGGCUCCGAUGGAGAUCCACCUGCAGACCGAUGGUGCCAAGGGCAUUUUCACCAUUCAGGACACCGGAGUCGGGAUGAACCAAGAGGAGCUGGUGGCCAACCUGGGGACUAUCGCCCGCUCAGGCUCAAAGGCAUUUUUGGACGCCCUGCAGAACCAGACGGAGGCUAGCAGCACCAUCAUUGGUCAGUUCGGGGUUGGGUUCUACUCUGCGUUCAUGGUGGCCGACAAGGUUGACGUCUACUCCCAGUCUGCAGAGCCCGGCGUACCUGGAUACAAGUGGUCCUCAGAUGGCUCUGGAGUGUUUGAGAUCGCUGAGGCCAGUGGCGUUCAACAGGGAACAAAGAUCGUGCUGCACCUCAAAGACGACUGCAAGGAGUUUUCCUCCGAGGACAGAGUUAAAGAGGUCGUAACAAAGUACAGCAACUUUGUCAGCUUCCCCAUCUUCCUGAACGGACGGAGGCUCAACACCCUGCAGGCCUUGUGGAUGAUGGAGCCUAAAGAGAUUAGUGACUGGCAGCACGAGGAGUUCUACCGUUACAUCGCCCAGUCCUACGACCACCCCCGCUACACGCUGCACUACCGCGCCGACGCCCCGCUCAACAUCCGAAGCAUCUUUUAUGUCCCUGACACGAAGCCGAGCAUGUUUGACGUGAGCAGGGAGAUGGGCUCCAGUGUGGCUCUGUACAGCAGGAAAGUCCUGAUCCAGACCAAAGCAACCGAUAUUCUACCCAAGUGGUUGCGCUUCCUGCGAGGUGUGGUGGACAGUGAGGACAUCCCUCUGAAUCUGAGCAGAGAGCUGCUGCAGGAGAGCGCGCUCAUCAGGAAGCUCCGUGAUGUUUUGCAGCAGAGAGUAAUCCGCUUCCUGCUGGACCAGAGCAAGAAGGAUCCUGAGAAGUACAACAAGUUCUUUGAGGACUACGGCCUCUUCAUGAGGGAGGGCAUCGUCACCACCCAGGAGCAGGAUGUCAAGGAGGAUAUUGCAAAACUGUUGAGGUUCGAGUCCUCUGCUCUGCCGGCGGGCCAGCAGACCAAUCUGAUGGAGUACGCCUCUCGAAUGAAGGCUGGCACACGCAACAUCUACUACCUGUGUGCCCCCAACCGCCAUCUUGCAGAGCACUCCCCUUACUAUGAGGCCAUGAAACAGAAAGACAUGGAGGUGCUGUUCUGCUACGAGCAGUUCGAUGAGCUGACCCUGCUCCACCUCCGGGAGUUUGACAAGAAGAAGAUGAUCUCAGCCGAGACCGACAUCGUAGUUGAUCACUACAAGGAGGAGAAGUUUGAAGAAACCAAGCCCGCCUCUGAGCGUCUGACGCAGGAGCAGGCCGACGACCUGAUAUCCUGGAUGAAGAACUCUUUGGGGCCCCGAGUCACCAACAUAAAGCUGACUCCUCGGCUGGACACCCACCCAGCUAUGAUCACAGUGCUGGAAAUGGGCGCUGCACGCCACUUCCUCCGCACCCAGCAGCUGGCCCGCACAGCUGAGGAGAGAGCUCAGAUACUGCAGCCCACGCUGGAGAUAAAUGCAGGACACGAUCUGAUCAAGAAGUUGCACGAACUGAAGCAGUCAAACAAUGAAUUAGCUGGUCUGCUUCUGGAGCAGAUCUAUGACAACGCCAUGAUCACAGCUGGCCUGAACGAUGAUCCCCGACCGAUGAUUUCCCGCCUCAACGAUCUGCUGACUAAAGCUCUGGAGAAGCACUGAGAGCCGCUCACAGACAUGAACACUUCAGACUGACUCGGUUUCGAUCCGAGUGGCCUGUAGACUGAAGCUGAAGGGACUACAACGAUGGAAAUCUGCAUUUUCUGAAGAGACAGGCCUUUGUUCAUCUGAAGCCAUUAAAUCACCCCUCUGGAGUACUUCAUUCCCGCCUAUGGAGAGCACAUGAAAGGCUUAAAAAGCUCAGAUGGAGUGAAGAUGAACUGCUGGAAGCUUCUAAACACUUCUAUGUCUUUAAGCUCUGUGUUCAUCUGUGUUUCAAAUGGUAUCACUGAGAGGUUAUGUGCCAGAAAGAGUGUGGCCAUGAAAGGUUAUGGCUGACUUGUUUUCAAGACCUGGUACUACAAAAAUAAACUUGUCAAGCUCAAUUUUGUCUAGAUCCUGAAUAAACUUGAUGCAAACCAGCCACAAACAAUGUAGAGGAGAUGAAGAGGGAAAGCAGGGGGAAAGUUUGUCAGAGCAGAAAUACAGAUAUCUAGAACCACAUUUGAAAAUCCUCCUGAUAUACCAUGUGGAAUAACAGAUGACGAUGCAUGGAGUUUUAUUCUGAAGUGUGUUCGAGCUUUGAAGUAGUAAGAGACUGAUCAUGGGUCACUGCUGAAUAGAGCUGUUAACGUUUGCCACUUUUUUUUUAAUGAUCCCUCCAAAAUGUUUCAUAUUGUUUUCCACAUGAUUUCAUUAUUGGUAUUAUGUUUGUGGUUUAGAAGAAACUGAGUAUCUGAAAAACUAUUUGUGCAUUGUAGAUACUGCAAGUGUAACUUAACUGUUAGGUCAAACAGGUUUCAUUUGUAUUAAAGUAUGGCAGUGGACAUAAAGU